CGAAUACAGCUCUGUUUUAUAGGAAACAUUUGAAUUGAUAUAUUUCCCCCAGAUCUUCUUAUGAUGAGUAACUCGCCCAACGGCAGCACCGCAGUCGGAAGUGUGGGAGUAGUUUGGGUCACUCCGCUCAUGGGCGCCACCCUUGUCACAAUGUGUGUUUUGGGCAUGACGGGAAACCUGUACACCCUCGCCAUCAUGCGAUCGGCCACGUUGCGGCGCACCGGCUCCAUGUAUGUCUUCAUCCUCAAUCUGGCGGCGGCGGAUCUGCUCUAUCUGGGCACCAUCCCAUUCGUGGUCUGCACCUACUUCGCCCAUGACUGGUUCUUUGGGGAAAUGGGCUGCAGGUUGCUGUUGAGCCUGGAUCUGCUCACCAUGCAUGCCAGCGUGUUUGUGCUGGUGGCCAUGAGUCUGGAGCGCUACCGUGCCGUGGCCGCUCCAUUCCGAGCCCGUCGCUCGAACACACGUAAUCACUGGCUGAUGGCGUUGGGAAUCUGGGCGGCAGCAUUCGUAUUGACGCUCCCUAUGAUGGUGAUGAUCCAUCUCCGCGAGGGACGUCCCAGUAUGGUGGGCCUCGUCAAACGCAUCUGCUUCCCAACAUGGACACCCGAGGCUUUCAAGGCAUAUCUGACCGCGCUGUUCUUCACCAGCAUGCUCCUGCCCGGCCUGCUGAUGGUGGGACUCUACACUGGUCUCGCCCGGCAUUACUGGGCCGCCCAGGCUAACCUGACCCACGGAUCAUCGUCGUCCGCUCGCAGGCGCCGACUAAAGCACAAGGUGGUGGGAAUGAUCUUCUGCAUCGUGGUGGCGUACUGGGCGUGUUUCCUGCCGUUCUGGGGUUGGCAGAUGGCAAAGCUCUUCUCGUCCGAGUCGCUUCGCUCGCUGUCGGCCGCUGCCCACACCUACGUCAACUUCUUCGUCACCUGCCUGACGUACGGAAACAGCUGCGUCAAUCCACUGCUCUAUACACUGCUGACACGCAACUACCGGGACUACCUCGCCCAGAGAGGUCAGUCAUCAGGGGCGAGUCGAGGGGACCAGGGGUCGGCCGCCGGGGUCAACGCCAUCGAAGAUCAAAUAGGAUGAGUUCAGGAGAGAGUUACAAAUUCUGGGUCCAGUUGCGUAAACAUAGCCACUAUGCUAAGACUGUGUCUCUGGGCCUCUCUGGUCACUUUUGACCGAAAAAUUUUACAUUUUGAAUUUUUGCUUCAAUGGAAUGUAAUGAUACUUGGUGACUUUUGUCACAUUAGCUAUGUGAACAUGAUACGGAUAUGUUAAAGAGUCAAAAAAUAAAA